UAUAUUUACAUGUGUUUACAUUGAGACAUGCAUUGACUUGUAGCUCUGUUUAUCUCUCUAUUAUCUUCCCUCUGGAGAAUAUUCUCUGCAGUCUGCCUUUUAGUUUUCCUGGGUGGAUCCUAACAACUGCCCAUCUACAUUGAUAGACUGUGGUCAGCAGCACUCUGUCCAUUAGCCAAUCUCUACUUCAUUAUCAAAGUGGGUUAGUUCCAGCCAUGACGCUGCUCUACACCACUAAACCACAGGUUAGAUUGCCAGGAGCCUCCUCUCUGUCUUAAGAGGAGUGAGUCAGGUACUCUGCCCAAAUUUUUAACACAAUUACAUUCCUAUUAGCAUAAAAGUAUUAUAGAAAUGCAGCUUUGAGGGCAAAGUAAGUGACACACACUGUAUGUCAAGACCUGUCUAACUGCGUUGGCUCUGAAGUGGAAACUAGGCUAUUGACUGAGACGGUGUCAGAUUUCUCUGCUGCUGCCGUUCCCACUGCAGACACCCAGGGUCUCACAUUGAUUUUUUUUUUUUUUUUAAACUGUAACUCCAGGCCAACUUCAAGGCUUUCAAGACCAUAAUGACAUAAUGGACGUGUUGGCCGAGGCAUGUGACAUUAUCGGUUUUAUGUCUGCAAGGCUUAGGAAUUUUCCCGAAACACUAUAAUGCUGCGAGGCAUUCGGAGCUCCAGGAAUAGACUGACUGGUUGUUCUGCUGUUGACUAUGAUUGCAAUCUGAUAGGAUGGCAUCACAGGAGGGGGAGGAGCCUCCUCCUAACGGCGGCAAAUCAGACAGCCGUCUAAAGAGCAAGAAGCCACCCAGCCUUGUAAUAGCCAUCCCCCCACCUGAAGUGAUGAUUUCCCACAACCCUGCUAAACAGCCGCUUCGACCGUCUCUGAAAAAAAGUGAGGGUGGUCAAGCGACCGGCUCCGUGUCAGACAGCAUGAGUGGAGCUGCAGAACGAGGUUUCUUGACCAGAGACAGGAGGGCGAAGUUAGGCCGACAAACAUCGCUGUCUCAAAGCAUCCGCAGGAAUACAGCCACGUGGUUUGGCGUAGGGGAAGACUGUGAGACCAAGCAGCAGGUAUGGCACAGGAAGAGCCUGCGCCACUGCAGCCAGCGCUACGGCAAGCUGAAGGCCCAGUACAGAGAGCCCGACACAGCCACCAGCUUCGACCAGGGCCUCGACUCUCCAGCCACACACAAAAUGCCAAAGAUUGUAGAUCCCCUGGCACGGGGAAGAGCCUUCCGCUGCCCAGAUGAGUCUGACAGUCGCUCCCCCAGGACGCCCUACUUCACUCAGGGUGGUCCCUUCACCCCCGGGGUCACCUCGCUCAGCUCUUUCACCAGCCAGCGUUCCGGGUACAGCCGCUUCCCCAAACGCAAGAGGGAGUCUGUCGCCCGCAUGAGCAUCCGAGCUGCAUCCAACCUGCUGAGGGGUCGUAGUGGUUUGCCGGGCUCCCAGACAGGUCGCAGUUUCCCCAGGAGGAGCUUUGCCAGGCCAAGCUGGAUGGACGAGGACACCGUGGAUUCUGCAGACGCAUCUGAGUCGCUUUUUUUCAGCAAGGUUGAUGCCCACGAUGAGAUGUACUCGAUGGCUGAUGAUGUAUUUGAAUCUCCACCCAUGUCGGCAUCUUUCGGUCCCUGUGAGCAGCCUGACCAGAAGUUCCCAAGCCUUAAGGACAUAUCUCGGACGCCCAGGACACCAAUAACAUUGCCUGAAAAAAGCCACCCUCGUCGUGGGCGUCGCAUCGCAUCACAAGUCAAGCACUUUGCAUUUGACAAACACAAGCGUCAGUACGGCAUGGGCGUUGUGGGGAAGUGGCUGAACCGGCACUACCGACGCAGCCUCAGCAGCAAUGUCCAGAAGCAGCUGGACGACUUCCACAGCCACAGGCCGUACUUUACCUACUGGAUCACGUUUGUCCAUAUCGUGAUCACACUGCUGGCCUGUGGUACAUAUGGUUUUGCCCCUGUGGGGUUUGCACAACAUUCUACAACUGAUCUGGUGCUGAAGAACAAAGGCAUUUAUGAGAGUGUCAAGUUUAUCGAGCAGGAGAACUUCUGGAUCGGCCCGAGCUCUGAUGACCUGAUUCACCUGGGGGCCAAGUUCUCACCAUGUAUUCGUCAGGACAGACAGAUAGUGAGUCUGAUCCAGAAGGCCAAAGACCUGGAAAGAGAGUCUGGCUGCUGCGUGCAGAAUGACAACUCUGGAUGUGUGCAGACCCACAACUCCGACUGCUCUGAGACGCUGGCCACGUUUAUUAAAUGGAACAAGGAGGAUGUGGACAUCAGCAGGUCCUCGGGUUCUGUCUGUCACCAGGAUCCCAGAGUGUGUGAAGAACCUGCGUCUGCAGAGCCUCAUGCGUGGCCAGAUGACAUCACCCAGUGGCCGGUGUGUACGUUUCCCAAGAAGUCGAACCACACAGGUUACAGACACAUGGACUGUAACAUAAAGGGACGGCCAUGCUGCAUAGGAACUAAGGGCAGAUGUGAGAUCACCACCAGAGAGUAUUGCACUUUCAUGCACGGUUAUUUCCAUGAAGACGCCACACUCUGCUCACAGGUCCACUGUCUGGACGACGUGUGCGGUUUGCUGCCCUUCCUAAAUCCUGAUGUUCCAGAUCAGUUCUACCGUCUGUGGCUCUCUCUCUUCCUCCAUGCAGGGCUCUUGCACUGCGUGGUGUCGGUGGUGUUCCAGAUGACAAUACUGAGAGACGUGGAGAAGCUGGCAGGUUGGGUUCGCACCUGCAUCAUUUACAUCCUCAGUGGCAUCACUGGAAACCUCGCCUCUGCCCUGUUCCUGCCCUACAGAGCUGAGGUGGGUCCAGCAGGGUCUCAGUUUGGUCUCCUCGCCUGCCUGUUCGUCGAAUUGUUUCAAGGUUGGCAGAUGCUGGAGAAGCCGUGGAAGGCCUUUUACAAGCUGUUGGGUAUUGUCCUCUUUCUCUUCAUGUGCGGCCUCCUGCCGUGGAUUGAUAACAUCGCCCACAUCUUCGGCUUCAUCAGUGGCUUGCUGCUCUCCUUCGCCUUCCUGCCCUACAUCACCUUCGGGACUUUGGACAUGUACCGGAAACGCAUCCUCAUCGUCGUCUCAAUGCUGGCCUACAUUGGGCUCUUCUCAUCCCUCAUCGUUUGGUUUUACAUUUACCCCAUUAACUGGCACUGGCUGGAGCAUCUCACCUGCCUGCCCUUCACAAGCAAGUUCUGUGAAAAGUACGACAUAGACCAUGACAUUAACGAUGUGGUGCACUAGUCAUAAGGCUCUUGGUGCUGUCUAAUACAGGCCCACUAGUUUCUAGCCAAUAUCCAGGGCAGUUGAUUAUUCUGAACACAUUGCAAUCAUGUUUUUUACUCUCAUUAAAAGACCAGGUCCAAGUCCACGAGAAGGGAAACUGAAUCAGUCUCCUCUUGUCAGCCUGCUGAUGUGCUUACUUCUGUAAAUUUUUUAACCUUAGUCAAGUCUAGCAUUUCAAUUUACUAAUGAGCUUGAAGAUUCCCGGAACCAGACGACAGGAAAAGAUAGGGUGUCAAAGCUGCAUGGAGCUGGGUGGACCGAUAGGAAAAGAUCAACAGGAUGGACAGACUUUUUUCCUGCAUCCAUCCAUCCGUUAUCUAUCAUGUAAGGAUACAUCAAUCGAAAAAAAGCCAAAGGAAAGAAGAAGACAUGGUCAUCUCAGGUCAGCUUUUCCGUUAAUUCUAUGGACGGCAAGAAAGUUUGAUAAAGGAAGAGCGAUGUCAUAGGUACGUUUCCUGUUUCCCGGUGAAUUUAAAUAUAUCAGUUUCCUCCCUCCAGUGACUCUAGUUAUCAUCACCACAUUAACACAUUUGACAUGGCCUUGGAUGGAGAGAUUGAAUUAGUCCAGUGUGUCUCAAGGAACGGAAACAGCUCAACACUGGAGAACCACAGCACUUCGGCUGGUACGUCUCCAUCACUUCAUACAUGAUCAAUGUGAAGACGGAGACUAUAACACUUUGAAGACCGUCAGUCACUGCUGCUGCCCCUCCUCGUUUCAAACAGAGUCAAAGCUGUUUUUUAUUCCGUCUUUUUGUACGUAUGCACUCGGCAUGUCAAUAUUCAAGGGAGUAGUGAAACACUGUGCUACAUGUAACAAGUAUUAACUGUUGGGCUGGAAAUAUCAGUGGUCAACUGAGGCAAGAUUUCUAUCUAAACCCACUAGUUGCCUUAAACAGACUCUGACAUUUUAGAGAUGUCUGGUUGUUCUUCAGCAUACAGCUCGUGAUCGGCCUCCUGAAUGAUGAUGAACACGUUUCUGACCCGAACCUACCAAAGCUACUUCACAUGCUGCUUGUGUUUGCAUGUUGUUGUUCCACAGUCACUUAGUUUGUUUAUGUACGUCACCAACACCAACGAAACAUUUUCAGUCUAGCUCUUCUCUAAAUGCAGUGGUGCCUCAAGCAUUUUGUAGAUUUAUUCUGAAAAGGUCUGAAAGUAGUAUUUAUUCUAUAGGAGCAGUUACCUAAACCAGGUGAUUUUUGUUGGAUCAGAGCAGGUUUUUCUGCUGUAUUUUUUCACUUAGUGAAAACAAACUGUCACAAUCGUAACCAGAAGUUAGCGAGCGAGUCAAAAGUUGUCUUCUCGCAGUUGUCAGUCAGUGCACGUUCACCUGUUUUGGGGGCGUAUCUUUGAAGAGAGGGGAGAUGGGAUGCAUCAUUUGCAUUUUUUUCAAAGCGACUCCUGCUCUUGCUAGCUUUUCCCGGAUUACCAACAAUAGCUUUAAUAAGGACAUUUUUCUUGUCCCUAUAAACAUCCACUUUUUCCUCCAGAUUUUCUGUCUGAACCCGACACCCAACUUGUUUAGGUUGUGGUCCAUAACCCGUGAGUUGGAUUUAGGGGCUGACUCACUCAUAAUCUGGUGUUGAAAACAUGAGUUUGUUGGACAAUUUAAAUAUCUUUAACUACUUUUAACACCACUGUGUUCUGACGGUAAAGGUCAAACUGUUUUAAGCCAUAUGAGUCUGCGCUCAUACAGUAAGUCUGACAAUGAUAUGCACUUCUUUCUGUGCCUUUUGACAUGUGAGCGUGGGAAUGUAAUGUUUGCAACAACUCACAGCUUCAAUCACAACAGUACUCAGCAGUUACACUACUGUGCCUGCGUCUGCAUUGGGACCAAAUCAUUUCACCCCUUCCUCUAUUUUAAUGGAAUAAAAAGGGAAAUUUAAUUGUUAAAUGAAGUUCAGGGCAUGGUGAAGGUACUCUUCUGUUUUGCUUCAGUUUUUUUAUGUGAAAAUCUAUGUGUGCUAAAGCGGUCAUGUCAAAAUAAAAGCCCCCCUGGUAAUGAGGUA